CGUGACCUGCCAGGCGUCGUCCGUUUUAGUGCUAUAGCAUGAACAAAUGGCUAUACAAGAUUGUACGUCUGUGUCUCUUUCUAAUUGCUCUUGCAGUUGUACUUCUAAUCAUCUCUGACUUGACCUCCUUGGUGCAAAUCAACUUUUUCAAUGAUGAUAAACUUGAGCAAGCUGAAGACACUACUGGCCGAGUUCCGGUCACCCAUAGUAUUGCACAGCCUGCGCCAGGAAAUGCUACAAGCCAUACUAAGCCCACAAGGAAACCUCAAAAUCAAGAACCAAUUCGCUUUGUUCGUGCAGUCAACACAAAGGCAGAUAUACGUAAAGUUGAUUUUGAGUCGUUUCUCAAGUCGAAGCCUUUCAAAACGCAAGAAACUCAACUCGCAUGGAUAAAACUGAGAAUACAGAGGCUGUAUUUGCUUUGGGACAUGACAUGACACUAAUUGCACAAAAG